CACCCAUCUCGCCUUUUCUCGAUCACCGACCCGCCGCAGCAGACUUUUGCACACCCAGAUUGCGUGAAUGAAGCGCAUCAGAGACGAACUGGAGGAGGGCGGGGACGAUGGCGAGGACACGCGGGAACAGGCCGCCCCAGAGGAGCCUGCAGCGGCGGCAGAGGCGCAGCCGGAGGACGAGGAGGACGACAAGCCUCUGAUGUCGCACUACAAGAUGAGCAGGAGCGUGCGCAAGGGUGCCGAGUGCCCUUACCUGGACACCAUCUCCCGCCAGAACCUGGAUUUCGACUUUGAAAAGUGCUGCUCCGUGACGCUGAGCGGCCACAACGUGUAUGCCUGCCUCGUGUGUGGCAAGUACUUCCAGGGGCGGGGCCCCAGCACGCAGGCGUACACGCAUGCACUAGAGGCGGGGCACCACAUGUUCAUGAAGGUGGAGAGCGGGCGUGUGUACUGCCUGCCCGACAUGUACGAGGUGCAGGACAGGUCGCUGGCUGACAUCCAGUACGUGCUCAACCCCACUUUCACGGCUGAGGACGUGUCCAAGCUGGAUGGCGGCGUGAGCUGGGCGCGGGCCCUGGAUGGCAGCGAGUACAUGCCUGGGCUGGUGGGGCUGAACAACAUGAAGCAGAACGACUAUGCAAACGUGGUGGUGCAGGCGCUCAUACGCGUGUGGCCCAUACGCGACUUCUUCUUGCGCCCCGAGAACUACGCCUCGUGCCAGUCGCUGCUGGUGCAGCGGUUUGGGGAGCUGGUGCGCAAGGUGUGGAACCCGCGCGCCUUCAAGGGCCAGGUCUCGCCACACGAGUUCAUGCAGGCACGCGGCAGCUGGCUGCUGGCACGCAGCAGCUGGCACGCAGCAGCUGGCAGCUGCCGUGCGGUCAUGUCUGCCAGCAGCAAGCGCUUGAUCAUCGACCGGCAGAGCGACCCUCUGGAGUUUUUGUCCUGGCUGGUCAACAGCUUGCACCUGGACCUGACGGGAGGGAAGCGCAAGAAGCGGUCGGUCAUCACCGACUGCCUUCAGGGCGAGCUGGAGGUUGUGACGGAGGCGGGGACGGGCAAGGCCAAGGAGGCGAUAAAAGAUGUGAUCGACCAUGUGCCCUUCCUCAUGCUGGGCCUGGACCUGCCUGCCGCGCCCCUGUUCAAGGAUGCACUGGAGAAGGUGAUCAUCCCUCAGGUCCCCAUCUUCGACAUCCUGCGCAAGUUUGACGGCCAGCUGGUGCACGAGGACAUCAAGGCCGGGCGGCGGCGCUUCCGCGUCACGCGCCUGCCGCGCUUCAUGGUGCUGCACGUGCGCCGCUUCCUCAAGAACCAGUUCUUCGUGGAGAAGAACCCCACCAUUGUCAAUUUCCCCGUCAAGAACCUGGAGCUGGCGGGGUGCAUACCGGUGCCCAAGGGCCCCGACAGCCAGCCCGCGCCCAGCAAGUACGACCUGGUGGCAAACGUGGUGCACGAGGGCAAGGCGGGGGCGGGGCUGUACCGCGUGCACAUACACCGCAAGGUGGAGGAUGUGUGGUACGAGGUGCAAGACCUGCGGGUGACCGAGGUGCUGCCACAGAUGGUGGCGCUGUCGGAGACCUACCUGCAGGUGUAUGAGCUGAAGGAGCAGUAGGGAGGGAGGGAGGCGCGGCGGCUGCAGCACCACCGAGCAGCUGCAGCCGAGCACACGGCGCAGACGCUUGUUGCCCUUCUGGCGGCAGACCAUCCAUUUCAGACUGCCCUUGUGUACUGUUUGCAGCAUAAUCUUGCAUUUAAUGAAAGCUCACUUAC